AUGUCCGCCGCAUCCGCCUCUCCGGCUAACCCGCCGGAAGACAUCCGCGGAAGCCUCAUCCCCGUUCUGCCAGACGACCUAGCUCUCCACUGCCUCGCGCUCCUCCCGCGCGCCGCGCACCCGUCCCUCGCCCUCGUCUCCCGCGCGCUGCACGACCUCCUCUGCCGCCACCCGGAGCCCCUCCUGGCCGCCCGGCGCCGCCUCCGCCGCUCCGACCCGCACAUCAUCAUCUCAGUCCGUCCGCCCUACCCCGCGUCCCCGCGCUUCUUCCUGCUGCUCCCGCACCCCGGAUGGCCCCCUCUGCCCCUCCCCGCCCCUCCGAUCCCCGUCUCCUCCUCCUCCUCGGCGGCCGCCGCCGGGCACCGGCUCUUCCUCGUCGGCGGGUCCGUCGCCGGGAUCCCCGCCACGUCCGUGCAGAUCCUCGACACCCGCACCAGAUCCUGGUCCAUCGGCCCGCGCCUCUCCUCCCCGCGGGAGUUCGCCGCCGCCGCGGUCCUCCCCGGCGCGCUGCUCGUCGCCGGGGGCUGUCUCCCGUCCUCCCCCUUCUGGGCGGAGGCUCUCGAUCUCGCUCCCCCGUGCGCCAAGUGGUCCCCGGUGCCCAGCCCGGACCACCUCCGGGAGAAGUGGAUGCACGGCUGCGUGUCGCUGGCCGGGAAGGUGCUCGCGGUGGCCGACCGCGGCGGCUUGUUGUACGAUCCGGCGGCGCCGCCUGGCGAGGCGUGGGCGCCGGUUUCCCCGGCCCUUGACAUGGGGUGGAAGGGCCGUGCUGCCGUGGUCGGUGGGAUCCUCUACUCCUACGACUUCAUGGGGCAGGUCAAGGGCUACGACCCGGACAAUGAUGCCUGGAACACGGUGGAAGGGCUGGAGAAGGAGCUGCCCAGGUUCCUGUGCGGCGCCACUCUCGCCAAUGUUGGCGGGCUGCUCUACCUGGUGUGGGAAGGGAAGUGUAAAGGGAAAGCCAGUGAUGAAGAAGGCAAAGCCAAGGGCAUGGUGGUGAUUGAAUGGGCUACCAUUGAGGUGAUGAGGGUUGAAGAGGGGCGGUUAAUUGGGAAGGUGAUAUCCAGGGACACUAUUCUGUUCACAGACAUGCCGCGGGGGUCCGCAAUCACACAUUGCAUUGCAUUGGAUCUAUGACAUGGUGCCGCAGAUGAGAAGCAAUGAGCAUGCGUGUUUGGAAAGGUUACUAUGGGACAAGACUUGAAAAGCCCAGUAUUGUGUGCAGUGCAGCCUAACAUCUGUGGACAGGGCUACACUGAAGGACCGAGGGAGAACCAAAAUAAUAAAAGAGCUUUAGGAGCGCAUGAAUGGGAGCCCAUAUUUGCUGGGGGAUGGAGGAAAAAAAUCGAUUGCAUUAGGACGAGAUAUUGGAGACCGGAGACGGAACGGAUACGAGAUUGGAGUCUUUCAGGGUGGCUGAGCCGUACGCAGCAUCUUCCUAUCUGAUUCAGACGGAAUUGUUUUACAUGGUUCAUCUUUGAUUUAGCCUUCCACUAAUAAUAACUCGCUGGCUGCUGUGGCUGAUUUAGAUGACUUACUUUCCAUGUGCACCAUAAGUUCAGAACUUCAACUGAUGAUUAUGCGUUCAUAUUUUUCUAAACUCAUGCAGUUUGGACACAAGGUUGGAGACUUGGCAUGAUCCCACUCCCAGGGGAUCAGAAUUUACUGUCGAUGAUCUAAGCUAGGCUUGUAUUGAGUUGAGGCUUGCAGGCGCACUCUCUGGCAGGUCUAGGUCAUCAGUUAAGCCUAGUGAGGAGCAGGUUAGGCGAAGAGAAGAGCAUGAUCGCAAGAGCUUGAUGAUAGCGCUGGAAGUCUACAAGGGAAGGAACAUAGAGGUCACGCCCAUAUCAAUCAAUAAUUAGUGUUCUGGCUAUUCUUA